AUGGCACACCCCUACGCGCACAACGCCAUCAGCGACAUAUCUGGGAUAUCGGUUUCCGAGUACCCUGCGUACCCUUAUCAUCGCGUGCCCCUCCACUCCACCAAGCUCCCUCCAGGGCCCGAGUCCGACGACAGCUCCGCUAGCCAGCAGCCCCUCCUGGCCGACGCGUACACGCGGCACUUUGUCAAGCAGGACGGUCUCAUCACGCUCAUCCUCGCUGGUCACAAGGGCGGCGACCAGGUGCCACUGUACACCGGCGGGAGCCUCGUCGACGGCCUCGUGACCCUCUCGAAAGCGUCGGGGAUCACAUCCAUAACGGUCAAGCUCGAGGGGAGCAUCAAGGUGAAAGAGACUGCGAGCGAGGGACCGGCCUCGACGGUCCUCGUCUCGGACACGCUGUACUCCUGGGACCAGAUGCUGCACGCCGGCCACGCGCCGUCCGAGUUCAGCUUCCGCGGGAAGCUCCCCGUGUACUACCUCGACGGGCGCAAGCGCGGCCUCAGCCUCCUGCCGCCGAGCUACGACGCGCGCAUGAGCGCCCUGCUGGGGUUCAGGGUCGCCGUGCAGUACGAGUUUGUGGUUUCCGUCACACGCACGCGAGACCUCCCGCUCCUGUGGAAGAAAACUGCCCGCUUGCGCGUGCCGUUCGUGUACAGAGUGCUGACACGGCCGGCCGCGGCGGGGCCCUUUCCGUCCGUUCCCACCCUCGCGCCAAAGCACCCGCGGACGCUGUUCACAGACGUCAUCCUCUCGCGCAAAGCAGGUGCGCCCCCAAUGGAAGUCCAGAUCUACCUGCCCAAGUCGCAAAUAUCGCCCCUCACCGACGCGAUCCCGUUCCGCAUCUCCCUCCGCGCGCCGGACGCGUGCCUCGCGCCCUUCCUCGCCUUCUCGUCCCCGCUCACGUCCUUCCACCCGCUCUCGCCCCCGCCGUCCGUCGCGUCGCUCGUCGCGCGGCGCGGCGUGCCCACGCGCGCGCCGCUGCGCGUCACGCUCGAGCGCUACACGACCGCGGACACGCGCGCGACGGGGGUCGUCGUGCUCGGGAAGCGCCGCGCGCGGAUUACGUCGCGCGCGGUGCUCGCGGACGGGCUGCUGCACCGCGGCGAGCAGGGCCGGGGCUGGGUGAGCUGGUGGGGCGACGUCGGGGUACCGCCGACGGUGGACUGCGGGGGGUUUGAGGCGAGCCGGCUGACGGUGGAGGACGUGCUGGUGGUCACGAUCGAGCCGCACGGGGUCGACACGCACGUGCUGCCGUUCCGGCGGGGCGUGCCUGUGCAGUUGACGACGAGCUCUGCAAAGACGGCGAGCGCGAUCAAGGUGGCGGAAAAAUGA